AUGAUGGCUCCAGCGACAACUUCGCUCGUCUUUUAUCCGGGGCCUUUGGGGCUAGAGCUCGAGCCGGUUUGGGAGGCAGGCGGGAGGGCGAUCGGAUGCCGUGUUGCUGGGUUCAAGAGCUCGCCUGACGGGAGCGCUGGGCAGGCGCAGCGUACCGGUGCGGUGCGGCCCGGUGAUGUGCUGACAGGAGUUGGCGACGUUCCGGUCGGUAACAUGUCGUUCGAAAAGAUUGUGGCGUUACUACGACAUAGAACAACACGCCCGGAGCGGCGCUUGACCUUCCAGUCCAGCCUACCAGCCACAACAGGAGCUCCAACACCCCCACCCCGUUCGCCGAGAACUCGGAUCCAGCAACAGGCGUCAUUGAUGUUCGUCGUAGAAGGCAACGACACCACCGUCGCCAGCUCCGGGGGAAGAACCGAACCAGCGACUCCGUCUCCCGAGGCUCAGCCCAGACCUGUCGGCGUAACCAAUGGCGAGGGUGUUGACCACCAGCCUGCUGUUCGAGUCGGCAGCAGAGUGGAAGAACAGCAGCAGCGAUUGGGGUGGGCCAGGCCAGCGGACGAGGCGGAUAUGAUGACGGCUCAAACGCUAAAGAGCGCCCCCGAGGGUGCUGGCAUGGGUGAGGAGGACGACGGUAUUGCAUGGUGGAAAGGCGCACAGCAGGUCGGGUUGGGCCAGGGCAGCGACGACGACAACACCGCAGCCUCCGAUACCCUCUCUGGCGUCGAAUGUUUCUGCCCUGACGGUCAUGCCGCCGGCGCCAUGGCGGACCUUGCUGACGUUGCCGUCGGCGUCUCCUAUAGCCCGGAAAGUGGCCGAGACUCGUCGUCGCAAGGGCUCGCGCAGGUACUCUACGAGGCUGGGCUAGUGCCGGAGGCUUGCCGUCAGGAAACCAACGGAAUGGACGUCGUAGCUCCAGCUGCUGCCAACGACAGCUCUGCACACGAACACGUCGGAGACGGCGGUAACGCCGGACAGCAGUGCGGGAACCCUACUCCUACCCAUGGGCCGACCGGGGGGUUGUCGCUGUCGGGUCAGGUGGCGGGGGAUGAAGAGCGCCGGUUGAUGCCGGCUGACUCGACUUCGGCUGCUGAUGCUCAAGACCCUCCGGUCCCUGCGUGCGGCCCCAGUCAACACCAGCCUCAACGACACACAUCAGGGGUGUUUUGCACGGCAGCGAUAGCACCAACGUCGCCCGGUGACGUCGGUGUUGGCCCUAGCUCUACCGUGAGCCGGAUAUCGACGGGGCUUGACGGGAGGCGAGACCGCAGGGCGCAUGGCUUUUACGCCGGCAACGGCGGGCGCCUGCCGUUGAACAGUUCACCCGAGACUGUAGACCGAUCCUUCGAUACCGUCUCUCUGCGCUCGGAACCAACCGUCUACGCCAAGGAGGCGUCAUACAAGCAGCGGAUCUCUAUGUUGACCAGCCUUUGGGGUGGCGGGAGGGGAGACAGCGGUGCUGCGUCGUCUCCGGCGCUAGAGAAUGGCGAAGGCGAAGUUGAAGAAGCGCGGCGAUUGGCCCGGUCGUUGGCCGUGAAGCUCAAGGAGCGGGCACGGCGUUGCGAGGAGCUGGAAGACUUGUUUGGCCUCCGGGACCAUCAGGUGUCGAUGCUUCAGCGGCAGAGCAACUCGCUAGCGGCGCGCGCCGCUUCCCUUGCCGACGACCUCUCAGACAAGUCGGCCCUGAUCGAAGCGCUCCAGUUGGACCGGUCGCGUUUGGAGCGAGAGCUGGUCCAGUCCCGACUCCGACACGACGAAGGCGUGGAUGCUGCGCGCGGCGACGACGGGUCGGGUCGACGCUCGGCGGAGUCCGGCGCUUGCGGGGAAGAGUUAUCGUUGCCGCGGCCCGAGGGGAGCGGCGCCGCCACCGCCGUUGCUGCGACGCCGGAGGUUGAUGGCGAGGCUGCUGUGGCCCUGGCGGCAGCUGUCGAGGCGGCCGAGAGGAAAGCCGCGGCGGCAGAGGCCCGCUCUCUCGCCCUCGCCGAGAUGGUGGACGGCCUCGUGGCCGGCAAGGUCGGAUGGGAGGAAGAGAGAGCCGCGCGGGCGGCGGAGGCGCUGCGGCUGCGAGCGCUUGUGCGCGGUCUCGAGGAAGCUGCUGCUGUGGCGGGCGAGGGAGACGGCGGGCGAAAGCAGGUGGAGGGCCUGCGGGAGCUGCUGAGAGAGCGCACACGGGAGUUGGAGGCGAAGAGCGUGGCGAUGGAGAGGCUUGCGGUGCGCACACGGGAGCUCGAGGAAGAAAACCGUCGGCGAGGCGUCUCCCUCUCAGCCAGGGAAGAAGACAUCUUGGUGUCCGACAGGCAGAUGCAAGCCUUGUCGGCGAGGCUCAAGGGGGAGGUUAGGAUCAGCGGCGAGGCAGCGGCGAGGGCGGAGGCUGUGGUCGGGGAGCUGAGGAAGGCGUUGGAGGAGGCAACUGCGGCGGCGGCGGUGGCUGGGGGUAGUGGCGAGGCGGAAGAAAAUGUCGUAAGUCCUAGCGGAGCAGCAGCGGGAGCGGACGGGGAAAGUGGAGAAGGAAGCGCCGACAGGCCAUCAAUCGGGAAUAGGGUAGAGUGGGCCGAGGAACGCGCGCGCCUCCAACACAACCUCAUGUCGCUCAGAGAAGCCCUGGAGGACCGAGAACGCCAAGCCGAGGCUGACGAGGCGGCCAUGUCCUCGAGGCUGAAGGCCGCGCGGGACGACCGCGACCGGUCUGCCAAGGAGAAGGGUAACCUGCGAGAGGCGGUGGACUCCCUCCGGGUGGAGCUCGCGGAAGCUUUGGCGCUGGCCGCAUCUUCUUCGGGGAGGCGCGACGGAGGCGUGUCUCUUGGCGGGAACGGGGCCCCGGAAGCGUUGGGGGCCACGUCCGGUUCUGACGCCACCGCGGGGGGAGACAAUGAUGGUUGUGGCGGCGAGGGGGUGGGUGGUGCUCGUCUCGACGGGAGGCGCUGGGAGGGUUUGCAAGAGAGGGAGUCUGAGGGGAGCGAUGGGGAGACGGAGGGGGGCGGUGGUCAUGCGGUGGCGGUGAAAGUGCAGAAGGGAGAGGCGGAAGCGGAAGGUCCUGAGCACCGACGCGUUGGUGCCAUCAGCGGGGGCGCGCCUGCUGCGGUGUUGGGAGCUAGAGACCGGUGGCUCGAUGGGGGCUUCGAGGGAACCAUAGAUGACGUGCAGCUGGACUUGAUGGAGAAGGACAUCGUUAUCGAGCAGCUGCGCUCCCAGCUGAAGCAGCUGCGGUCGAGGAUAGCGGUGAUGGAGGAGGAUCAGGCGGCCGACACGGCUCCGCUCCAAGGGCUGCUCAACCAGCUGGGAGAGUUGAAGGCCGACCCUUCGCGCGGUCAAGCGCAAGCCGAGCUGCAGCGCCUCCGGCGGCAGCUAGAAGACUUGCAGUGGGACACGCGCACCCUCAAGCGCCGCAUCGAGGAGCGGGACAACCAAGUCAGAGACGCCCGGGCCGAGGCCGAUGGCCUCAAGGCUCGUUCCCGCACCGCGGAGCGAGAGCUCGGGGGCGCGCAAGGCGAGCUGGCCGUGGCGGCGGCGGAGGUAGCGGCGGAGAGGCGAAAGACCAGCGCUCUCCGGUCAGAGCUGCAGUCCUCCCGCGCGGAGCUGCAGUCCGUUCGUGACCGCGCGGCGAGCGCGGCGGCGGCGGCAGAGCGCUCGGCGGGAGAGCAAAGGUCGCGGCUGGAACAGGAGGGCAGGGACCGCUUGUCGGCUGCGGCUGCGGCCGAGGCCAGAGCAAGAGAUCGCGUGACAGAGUUGUCGGCCUCGCUGAGAGCCGCCACCGCGGAACGUGAUGCACUGCUGUUGUCAGCGAAGGCCGCGGGAGAAGAGGCGGCGUUAGCAGCGGCAGCAAAGCAGGACUUUGAUCCGGCGGUGGAAGACGGAACGGCGCGUGCCCGAGAAGUGGAGUCUUUGCGGUGUGCCCUGGCCGCGCGGGACGUGGAAGUAGAGUCUAUCAUUGAUGCUACGGCAGGGUUCAGUCACCACACCGUUGGCCUUGGCGGUAGCGGUGCGUUGCGCGGUGCGCUGGCAGCGGCAACAGAGGCGAGGCGUGCGGGGCGGCUCGUGGCCGAACUUGAGGAGGAGUGCUCGUCGCUUAAGGCCAAGGUGAAAGAGGAGCGCGCCGAGUCCCAUCGUCUUCGAGAAGCCCUGGAGCAGGACACGGGCGGCGGCAAGGACAGAGAGGGAGGGCACUCGGUAGCCGAGGCGCAAGCGAUGAGCAAGCGCGUCCAAGAGACUGAGGAUGCCCUGCAGAAGGCCCUGGCAGGGGUGCAGCGGGCUUGGGGUGUGGUGUCAUCGUGCCUCUCGGACGACGACAGCAGAGGGGUGGACGACGACGAUGGCGCUGUCUCGACUGCUACACCGCCUGCCCUCCCGCCGGCCAUGGCAUCGUUUCUCCUGUGGCAGCAUCCCGCAUCACCAGUAGACCCGUUUCUGGGCGCCCUUAUCUGCGGCGUAGAGGCGCUGGCCGCGGCUUACAGGCGCCGGGGACACGCCGCUCGGCGAGCCACGGUCGCCGCGCGCGCCAAGGCGGUCUGCGCGAGAGAGGCCCGGCGGAGGGAAGAGGCGGCAAUAAGGGCGAGGGAAGACGCCGAAGGACGCCUUGACGAGGCAAUGAUAGCCUUGGAUGAUUGCCGGCGAUGCCACGAGCAGCAGCAGCAGCAGCAGACGACGACGACAUGCUGGGGCGUUGGGCGGGCGGCCGAUGUUCCAGGACCCGGAGGAGGGAUGCCAGGGGAUGGGGGUGGCGGGCGGUCGUUACUGUCUCACGAGCAAGAGGAGCACCUGCGGCAGAUCCGGAGCGAGGUGGACAGACUGGAGGGUCAAAACCAGACUCUCCGCCGGAGCCUAGAAGGCGGAAGCGUUAGGUUUAUAGGGAAAAUGACGGAGUUGUACAGGGAGACGGGAGGUGGUAACCGCGGCGACUUGCCCACACAGAGACUGCUGUUUCCGCCGUCGUCGGCAACCGGUGGUAACAACACCGAAGAGGGCGGGCCGCGAGCGAACUUGCGCGCGGGUCGCUGGGAACGUGCCGACGGGUUGUGCGGGCGAGGAGCGUCAGCCAGCACACCGAGUCCGAGCCCCGGCCGUUCGUGGACAGCGCCCUCGAACAUUCACGCAAGGGGGAGCCCGUGCUAUCGGCGGGGUGGCGAUGGGGAUGGGUCAGGGCAGGAUGAUCAGGAUGACGACCAGGAAGAGGCGCGUGCUCGUGUGUUGAAGGAGUUCGCCGGUUGCUGUGCCGCACCGCAGGAUGACGGAUCUGGUGGCACGCUGGUUCCGGGAUGGGGAAGCGAAGCCUAACGACAUGCUGCGUGGACUCUUACCUCCCAGAACGUGCCCCCGUGUGCGAAUUUGUAACUUCUUGUAUGUUGUAACUACGCCAAGCGUAACCAGUAAUAACACACACACUAAUAGCACACACACUUUCGUGAAGCGUCCUGUAGAUGAGGUUGUACUGCUGUGAAUCGGUGUAACACUUGCUUUUUUUUCAAUGCUGCGCAGUGCGUAGGUGCUUCUUUUGUCCUGCCCGCCCGGUCAGGCAGUCGGAGCGUAUUGGGUUAUCAUUUGUAAAAGAAUCUGUGCUCACCUGCAUUUUAUUUGAUCAUGGGUGGGAUGUAAAACUGUAGACUUCAGAGAAUUGCCCAAGAUCACGCGUAAUCAAGGUUGUUGUGCUUGGCUCCAGUUUUUUGUAAAACAGAUGUUUAAAUUUAACUCUUGUAGACGUGCGUCAAACAUACAACGCAUGGAUGCCGAUAGACAGGAUUAGCCACUUGGGGAGGCUACCGCUGAAGUAUUCUCGGUACGCGUGAAUAUAUAGGGGCUUCUUCCCGAUAGCUCGGUUCUCCAUAGAACAACGUGGAUAUUGGAGUUCCCAUUGUACUAAAAGGUAUUUGUACGGCUUGCGGAUUGGAUUUUGACAUAGGUUAGGUCGCGCGGCGUGACAUGGAGGACAAGGCAACGAAGCAAUUUUGGGCUACACAAAUCAAAUAGUCUACUUGGUUGUAUACACCAGACAGGUGAAACGUUCAAUCAUAAUCGUGUUGCGUUCGUCGUCUCGUUUGAGUUGUUUUGUCUGAGUCCUUUUUCUCUUUGUUUCGAAAUUUGUAGUUGGUACCUCCAAGUACCGAAUACCCUGUUUCACGUUUUUUUCAGCUAGAAAUGUAGCCUGCGACCACGGGAAGUAACAAGUCCCCGCAAUUGGACGGAACGAAUAUCGGAAGGUAUUGCACAGAAAUCGAA